AUGACUGGCAAGAAGAGGAAGACCGACAUCCGUCCCUCCCAUACCAUCACAAAGUACUUCAAGGCGUCAGACGCUGUCAGACAGUCUGCCACGAGUAGAGAAGCUCUCUCCGACAUUACACCCAACAAUGCCGUCAGGGAACUCACUAUUCAUGAGUCUGCUCCAGGCAAGGAGUCAUUGAUGACCGUGGUCAACAAGGAGACGUACGCCACAAAGGCACUUGAGGAGACUCGUGAACCUUUCAAUAAGGCGUCAUACCUUGCCAAAUUGACGAGCUUUGACGACAUUUCCGCCUUGCUUCUGUGGCUUGCGUGGACAUUCCUCUCUGUCACCAGCCGUGCUAUGUUCAACAUCGAGCAUGAAGUCGCUUUUCCUGCCAGGGGCGCCAUGGAGUCUUUCUGGAAGCGUUUGCCACUACAAUUUGCCUCUGGCUUGCUCCCUGCUCUCCAAUCUUCUUCUCCACCGACGAUAAACUACUUCAAGUCAUUGUCAUUGUCUCCCGAGAAGAAAUGGGCGAUCUACCUCUUGGUACUGGAGCAUGAAGAUUCUGGACGUCGUCCAAGAGUUUACGUCGGCAGUGGAACUUCCGUCCAAAUGGGGGUCAAGUCAAGACUCAACAAGUAUGACAGAAGAGAGCAAAACGGCACUACCGGUUCGGACAAUCCCAUGCCUCGAUGGGUCGAGAAGUCAAUGCUCGAAGGGUACAAGAUCACCCACAAAUGCCUUCUGUGCUGGACAGGAUUGCCAAAGGCGUCGGAUGUGUUCCAUCUGCGCAGUCUGUUCCUGAUUCUCGAGACUGUCUUUGCUUUCCUGUUCGCCGCUAUGGUCAAUCGCGACAAAUCUUAUGGAAUGGCCGAUUUCUGUCCAUGGUCCCGCGAGAGUUUCACAUAUGAUGGUCUCUGCGGCCAUUCCGCCAUGACCGAACAACUUGGCAUUCAUCAUCCGGACGCCACACCUGAUGAGAUCAACCGAUGUGCUGCGGAGAGAACUGCCGCGUCUGUAGCCAGACGAGAAGCCUCCAGAGCACCAGGCUCGAAAGCUACCAACCAAGUCAAUUACAUCAACAGCCACCUUGGUGCUGCAGACUACAGAUGUGAGCCAUGCAAUCAAACCUUCGGCGCAAAGGCCAAUUACGACAACCACAUGAAGACUGAUCGCCAUGCUCGGAAGGUUGAGGAGGCGUCUGGCGUUCCAAAGGUUUACAAAGGACGCGGUGGUGCUCAGAAUGCCAGAAUGAACAAAACGUUCUGGUGCGAAGACUGUCAGCGUCCCUGCGACUCUCAAAAGAGGCUUGAAAGUCAUUUAGCCGGCAAACCACACCUCAAACAGCUCAGAGUAUUGGCGUUGGCGGCGGCGAAAGCGUCCAAAUCGGCGGCCCCGUUUGAUACCGAAGCUGAUGUUUUUGAGGACGUUUCCGGACUGUCUGACGCCGUGGUACGCAAAUCGGGUCAACCGAAUUUUUCUUUUCCCUUCCCCUUCCUCUUCCCCCUUCUCACUUUGGUCUUUGCUAACAGUCGAAAUGGUUGUGAUCUUCUGGUCGCUACUCCAGGUCGUUUGGUCGAUUUGAUCGAGCGUGGUCGCAUCUCCCUCUGCAACAUCAAGUACUUGGUUCUUGACGAGGCUGAUCGUAUGUUGGACAUGGGUUUCGAACCACAAAUCCGUCGUAUUGUCGAGGGUGAGGAUAUGCCAGGUGUUCAGGAUCGUCAAACUCUCAUGUUUUCCGCCACCUUCCCCCGCGACAUUCAGAUGCUUGCCCGUGAUUUCUUGAAGGAUUACGUCUUCUUGUCUGUUGGACGUGUUGGUUCCACAUCCGAGAACAUCACCCAAAAGGUCGAAUAUGUUGAGGAUAUGGACAAGCGAUCAGUCCUGCUCGACAUUCUGCACACCCACGGUGCCGGUCUGACUUUGAUCUUCGUUGAGACCAAGCGUAUGGCCGACUCUCUCUCCGACUUCCUCAUCAACCAAAACUUCCCAGCCACUUCUAUUCACGGUGAUCGUACUCAACGCGAACGUGAGAGAGCUUUGGAGAUGUUCAGAAACGGACGUUGCCCCAUCCUGGUUGCCACUGCUGUUGCUGCUCGUGGUUUGGAUAUUCCCAAUGUCACCCACGUCGUCAACUACGAUCUCCCAACCGAUAUCGACGACUAUGUCCAUCGUAUCGGUCGUACAGGUCGUGCCGGUAACACUGGUAUCUCUACCGCAUUCUUCAACCGUGGCAACAGAGGUGUUGUCCGUGAUCUCAUUGAUCUAUUGAAGGAGGCCAACCAAGACGUCCCAGCUUUCCUCGAGAACAUUGCCCGUGAGGGAUCCUUCGGUGGUGGUGGACGCGGAGGUGGACGAUCCGGUGGUGGCCGUGGACGUGGAGGCGGUGCCAACCGUGAUUUCAGAAAGUUCGGCGGUGGCGGCGGCGGACCAUCCUACGGCGGUGGAUUCGCUGGUGGUGCCCCAUCCUAUGGCGGCGGUGCCGGUGGAUUCGGUGGACCUCCUCCUGCUGCUGCAUAUGGCGGUGCUCCUGCAUACGGUGGUGGACCCCCAGCUGGUGGUUACGGUGGCGGAAGCUACGGCAACCCAUCUGGCGGCGGUGGUGGUCAAUCUUGGUGGUAA